GGCUUAAAUUUGGGAGCUUGGGCAGGCUCGGCGCUAGUGUAAAACGGGGGAGGGCCAGGCAAGCGAACCCCGCAAGGAUGCGUACAAUCGACUGGGACUCGGUAGCGCAUCGGCAGGACAGCGACCGCAACCGAUGACCUAGAGGCAUCCUACGCCGACGCUAUUCCCACGCAUUGACAGGUUCGCCAGGAGUUAGCUAGCCAGCCUGCCGCCUACCCACGAUGCCGGCCUACAACUCGGUCUUCAACGCAGACCCCCACCAGCCGCGGCUGGUUGGGAACUUCCCGCUGAUGCCUCUGCGCACCAAGGUGCGCGGGCCCGUAUACGCGCUGCCCUUCCCGGACACGCCGCUGCCGGCCGGCGAGUCGCCCGACGAGGACUCGGAGAGCUACGACAUCCUCGACGAGGUGCUGCAAAAGUUCCGCGCCAACACCUUCUUCCGCAACUUUGAGAUCCAGGGCCCCGCCGACCGCCUGCUCAUCUACGGCAUCUGGUUCGUCUCGGACUGCCUGGCCAAGAUCAAGCCCUCGGCCGGCGUGCGUGAUGCCACCAAAGACGUCACGAACCUCGCCCUCGACCUCAACUUUGCCCUCCCCGGCGACCCCGCCUGGCCGUUAAACCAGAUGUAUGAACCACCCCGCGACAGGCAAGACGCAGAGAUUCUACGGCAAUACAUGUCACAGGUGAGGCAGGAGUUGGCGACGAGGUUACUGGCACGCGUAUAUGAGGAGGACGGCGACGGCAAGCCGAGCAAGUGGUGGCUGAGCUUCACGAAGCGGAAAUUCAUGGGCAAGGGUCUGUGAAGUGAAGACCGGACAGCUAUGCGUUAGAAGCAAAAACACUGGGAGGGUAGACACUUUUUUUUUUUUUUUUUUUAAAAAAAAAAAA